AUCACCCAUUGAAUUUUCUUCCCAAUCCACAGGUCCUGACUCCCCAGGAGCAAUAGAAUCAUGUGAAGCAGGAGGAAGUUGCAGGGUUGAGUAUCAGUGUGUCUGGGGACACACCUGACUGAAGACAGAUUUCUGAGCAGAAAUUUAGAACAGACCCAGGACACACCAAGACAGAGCCUGCCUUUGCCAGCUCUUUUCAGAGAACAAGAAAAUGCUCCAGGCUCAAGAAUCCCUGACGUUUCAUGAUGUGGCCGUGGACUUCACCUGGGAGGAGUGGCAGCUCCUGGACCCGGAUCAGAAGGACCUGUACAAGGACGUGAUGUUGGAGACCUACAGCAACCUGGUGUCAGUGGGUUAUGAAUCCAGCAAUGCGGGCGUAUUCUCCAAGUUGGAUCACAGAGAAGCACUAUGGACAAAGGAAGGUGAAAUCCCCUGUGGAACCCGUUCAGAAAUCGGGAAACUUGAUGAUCAUCUGCUGCAGAACAAACAAAGUGAAAGCAUGGAGAUUACCCUGGGACAAUGGCACAAAAAUAACAUAUUUGAAAAUUGUGUCCAUUGGAGCAAAAAUCAUUUUCUGUUACGACAAAAUCAUGAUACAUUUGAUUCACAUGGGGAAAAUAUGAAAUCAAAUUUAUCUUUACUUAACCAGAGCAGAAGCUAUAAAAACAAGAGGCCCACUGAACUUUCUGGAAAUAGGAAAUCUUUUCUCCAUGCUAACAGUAAACAAUUUCAGACGGAAAUGAAAUUCCUCGAAAUUCAAGAACUCAUCAGCACUAAGUCCCAACUCAUCAAGCAUCAGAAGAAACCUCAGAAAAUAAGGAAACGACAUGUAUGCAGUGAAUGUGGGAAAGCCUUCAUGAAGAAGUGUUUGCUUAGUGAUCACCAGAAUCUUCAUACAGGAGAGAAGCCCCAUCAAUGCAGUCUGUGUGGGAAAGCCUUCUCCAGAAAGGUCACACUGAACGAACACCGGAGAUCACAUACAGGAGAGAAACCUCAUGAAUGCACAGAGUGUGGCAAAGCCUUUCUCAAGAAAUCACGGCUCAAUAUACAUUAUAAAAUACAUACAGGAGAGAAACCCUUUGUGUGCAGUGACUGUGGGAAACGCUUUAUCCAGAAGGGCAAUCUCAUGGUACAUCUGCGGACUCACACAGGCGAGAAACCUUAUAUAUGUAACGAAUGUGGAAAAGGCUUCAGCCAAAAGACAUCUCUCACGACACAUCAGAGAUUUCACACAGGAAAGACACCCUUUGUGUGUGGUGAAUGUGGAAAAUCCUGCUCCCAGAAAACAGGUCUCAUUAAACAUGAAAGAAUUCACACUGGAGAGAAACCCUUUGAAUGCAGUGCCUGUGGGAAAGCCUUUAUCGGGAAGCCACAGCUCGUUGUACAUCAGAGAAUUCAUACAGGAGAGAGACCUUAUGGUUGUAAUGAAUGUGGGAAAGCCUUUAGAGCAAAGUCAGUCCUCAAUGAACAUCAGAAAAUUCACUCAGUCAAGGUGGUACAUCCUCUCUCAGAGAGUCAAGUAUCAUCACAGCCUAGUGUGGUCCUGCAGGAGAAAGCACUUGUUAAUACAGUGACUGUGCAGUUGCCUUCUGUGGCCCCUCAAACAGCAUUAAAUAUCAGUGGGCUCCUAGCAAACAGAAAUGUAGUCAUAGUGGGCCAGCCUGUGGCCAGGUGUGCACCCUCAGGAGGAUUUUCACAGGACAGAAACAUUAUGAAUGCAGUGGGUAUAGACUCGCCUUCAGUAGUCAAUUACGUGUUAUUUUAUGUCACAGGAAACCAAUAGGAAAAAACUCAGACAUUCUGCGUGCAAAAGUUUGAUCAAAAAUUCCUAGUUAAGAUUAUGGUUGAAAAUUGUCUCUUGAGAGAAACUAUACAUGCUGAGACUGGCAAGUCAUGAUAUUCUCAUCCUAUUAAAUACGUGCAUUGACAGAGAGGCAUAAUCUGGUGUUAACCCGGACACAUACGUCAGUUGGUCUAUUGUGUCAAUUAAAGGAAUGAAAGAAGCUAAGUGAAGCCAUUAAGUGGAGUUUUUAAAACACAAAAGUAAUUUGUGUCUGGAAGGUUGCUGUGAAAAACCAGGGAGGAGGUAAUAAUGUGUUGGUGGGAUAUGGAGCAUUGAAUAUAUCAGUUCAGCUUCCAUAGACCAAAGUGAAGGGUUAAUUGAAAACUUGCAUGUCUACCAUACACUCUUAGCAGUUUAUAUUAUGCAGAGGGAUUAUGAAAGAACAGGUUCAUAUUGAGUCAGUUCAUUCAUUUAUAUCAAGUUUUUUGUCAAAUUCUUUAUACCUAAUUCUAUUCCA